GUGAAGGGAGAAGAAAACGUAGAAGAAGCGUACGUUCCCUGCUGCCUUGGUGGUGUUCGUAUCCGUGUACGAUUUCGUUCCGAUUAUCGGUGAGAUUUGCAGCGAAUUUACGAAGCAAUCUACGUCGCCGUUCCGACCCCGUUCGCGUUCACCGCCCACCGUCGCGGGGACACUGGACGGGUGUUUGCGUGGGUCCGUUGUUUUGGCACGGAUUUGCCACGCUUCCCCUGCGUGCGCUUCGGGCUGAAGGGCCGCCCCACACUGUCGAGAGCGAGAGAAGGAGGGCCUUGGAACGUACGAGCACGACGACGACGACGACAAUACGGGAAGAAGUAGGUUUGCCUCGAGUCCCGCAGCCGUACGCGACGGACCAGUGUGGCCAGUCUCCUUCCGGAAAGUGCCUCCUCGCUGUCUACGUGUAGUGCCCCCGACUGGUGGUCCGUGUGAAUGUCGUCUGGCAGCAGCAACGUACGGUGGUAGUGUCUGUGUUUCGUCGGUUUGAGCACUACCGUGGUUGCAGCAGCAGCAGCACCCUCGUCGGUUGGCACACUUUGUUUCCGCUGUACCCGAACCGCCGAGUGACGCCUGCCCUGCCCCCGACGCGCAGCCAACAUGUUUAACAAUUACGGCAACACGAUGGCCUCGGACCCGUUCCGGAAGGUGGAACAGUACUCGCCCAAAUCGUCGCCCCGUGCUGGAGGGGCCGGGGGCCGAUCGCCCGUCGUCGCCCGCCAGGACUCCUCCGGCACGCUCAAAACGACGAUCCAGCUAGGCAAAAACCCCUCGAUACUGCACAGUGGACCGUUUUACUUAAUGAAGGAACCGCCAGGGGAAGGCGAACUAACAGGAGCCACGAAUCUGAUGGCCCACUAUGGCUUAGAGCACUCGUAUAGUAAAUUUAGUGGUAAAAAGGUUAAGGAACAGCUAUCAUCAUUUCUCCCGAACUUACCUGGCGUCAUCGACGGACCGGGACACCUCGAUAACAGUUCCCUGCGAAGUGUGAUCGAAAAACCACCGAUCGUGGGCAAAGAACUGCUUCCACUCACCAGUGUACAGCUUGCCGGAUUCCGUCUGCAUCCUGGACCGCUUCCGGAGCAGUACAAACACUUAAAAACCGCACCAACUAGAAAGCAUAAGAAUAAGCAUAAGAAACACAAACACAAGGAUGGCGUGGCGCCACCGGAACAGUCCGCGCUCGAGGCGGCCGGGCUGGACACGCACGAGAAGAAGCACAAAAAGCAGAAAAGGCACGAGGACGACAAGGAGCGCAAGAAGCGGAAAAAGGAGAAAAAGCGCAAAAAACAGCGCCACAGUCCGGAGCAUCCGGCGGGUGGUGGGGGUGGUACCGCCUCGGUACCACCGCAAACGCAAGUCUAUUAAGGAGAAGGUGGAUAUGGAUGGAGGGCUGGUCGUUAUUGGAGCGAGGGAGAGAGAGGGGGGCGGCUUUUUGUACCACCAGUACCACCACCGUGUCACCGUAGCAGCAAAAACAAAAACACAUACCGUUCAUUCAUACAUAGAUACACACACACACCGGGGAGGAAGCGAAACGAACCAAAUCACUGUGGAGAUAAAGAAGCGAAACCUUUAUCAAGAAACCACCGCGGAACACACCUCCAUCCCUUUUCCUCGGCUCGUGCUGCUAAACCGGCACAUGAUGGUUGUACAUCGAUGUGGCGUGUAUCGAUAUUAAACAGCCACUUUGUUGUCCACGCGUGUGUCUGCAGAGCGGGUGCGUUUAAAGCCGGAGGUGGAGAGAGUAAGUGGGAACACGACUUCCAAAACAGGAAUCUAGGGUUAAUCUAGGUCAGGAACGUCGCGUCGCGGGAGAAAGCGCGCAUUAAUGAUGGUUUCCGCCCGGUGGCAAAUGGUUUCCCCUCGGUGUGGAUUAUUUUACCAACAAAAAAACACAACAAAUUGCCUUCCUUCUCCACCCCAGCACAGCGUGUAAAGUGACACAGAAAAAGAAAGCGAUAAGCCGUGUGGCUUACACACACAGAACCACAUUCACACAUCUAAAGGGCGGGAUCGAUCCGGGCCUGCAAGUUUUGGGGGAUGAUCCCGCGGAAUCGCUCCUCACACACAAACACACACAGAUCCUUCGAUUAAGCCUACCUAACAUUAGUGCCACUGGAUGGGGAGAGAUAGAGCGAAUGAGAGAGAAUGUUGUAUAUCAGAGGACGAGGAAAGCAGCGGACACUCACUGUAAGAUGCAUCGAAACUGUUGAAUCUUUUGUGGUGAAAAAGCGAAACAAAGAUAGGAAAACAUUAACCCGUACUUCCACUUGCCGUACGUUUUUUUUUAAUUGAGCUGAAGGAAGAGGGAUUUGCAAGUUGUGCACUUGUUUUACUCCUUCCUGUUUUCUUAUCAUUACAGGGUUUUUCAGUUGUUCUCUUAGUUGUGGGACACAUGCUUGACUCUUUCCUAUUGGAAGUGAAAUUGAUACGUUGAAAAUUGGACUCUAUGGCGCGUUGGAAAUUCCUAUUGGAUAUGUCCAACAAGGGUGCUAGAGUCCAAUUCCUAUUGCAAUGAGUUCAUGUCCCAAAAGAAAGAGUUAAAAAAGUGUUCCACAGCUAUGAAAAGUCCUGGAAAACCCUGUAAGGUACACUAACUCCAAAGCUCACCACCAAGGCACCACCUACCACAACCCAUACCUUGUUUUGUUGAUUAUGUGUAAUAUAUUCGUGUAAUGCAUCUCCCGCACUUCCCUUCCAAAGUCCUCCUGCUAAAAAUGCACACUCCACUGAGUGUUUGUGGGACGCUCGUUGCGUGGCGUUCCCGUGUUUUCUUUAAUAAUCCCACAAAUUUCCCUCCUUUGUGUCCGCACCUCCUUAUUAGCAACCCAGCACGUUGCACUUAGGAGGCACUCUCAUUGAUACGUAAUUUCGUUUUUGAUCCGCUACUAUCGACUGUACAUUAUUGAGUAAGGCAGCAGCAGCAGCAGCAGCAAGCAAGCAAAUCCGUUUUCCGUUAAGGUGUACUGGAGAUGGGAGAGCGUAUCAAUAUUAAGCGUUUUUUUUUUUUGUUUCGUUUGCUUCUUCUAUUUGCGGCACAUUGAAGUGUGACAUCGAGAAAAAGAUGGUGCAGGAUCUUGUUUAGGGAAAGGAAAGGGAAUUUUGGAGAAUUAGGAACAACAUUCGCAACGGAUAAGAGAUGGUAGCGAAAGGGGGAGACAGAGUGUGUGAUUUGUGAAUGGUGCGGUGUGCGGUUGCAAUAUCCUGGUGCCUGGACGGGGUUGAGCUGUGUAUAAAGUACUGAAAGCGUUAGUGAAGGAGCGACAAUAGUGCCCUUUCAAUACGCCCGCUUAAUCGUAACACAAGCAAACAAACGGUUUGUGUGUAAGUGGGUAAAAACUCAAAGGAAUGAAUACCACAAAGGAGGGGAGUAAAUUGUUACACAAAAGCGAAAAACCAUAAACCAACACGAAAACAGAAAAUCAAGUAGGGAAAUUUAGUUCUUAGCGGAGUAAUCAAGGGAGGGCACUCACCGGGGAGUUUUUCUUUCCGUUUUGUUUGCGCAAUGUCUGAACGUUCUUGUGCAAGUGCGUUUUCCUGUGUGUGCAGCAGUGUGCAUUAGUAGAAGAAAGGAAGUGUGUGUGUGCGCGUGUGUAGUCUGUCAACCAUUUCAAGGGAAAGUCAAGCAAGUGUCCUCUUGGUGCACCUAAUCUGCUACCUUCUUGUCCUUGGUAUAGAUGGAGUCAAUCCAGCAAAGACUCCAGUAGUACCUAUACAGCUGGGUAGUGGAAGGAAGUGGUACUAAGCGCGGCAUUACGGGAAAGCCAAAGCAAUGAAACGGCGAUAACGGUUUUACGACGGUAAACAGGGCGAAUGAUUCAAAACAAGUACAAUUAAAUCAUGUUUGGGGCAGAAGCAACAAUUUCAACCACAGAAAAGGAUCGCCUAGGCAUCACUUGGCAGGGAAUGCAUAAUUCAGCUACGAUCCUUUAGCUGGUCUCAAGCACGGCUGUUGUGCCAAUAUGCCUCCAACAAGCAAACAAAAAUAAAAUGCCAAAAGUAGCAAUACCGACGGUUAAAAGGAGUAAAAAAGAAGUGCCCAAACAUUAAAGGAAAAGGGAUUCACGCAAAUGGAUGCUCUCGUCUAACUCGUUCGUUGAGCACGAUAAAAGCCGCAUUUGUAGAGCAAUUGGCAUAUUGUCCCAUACAGUAUUGACUCAUUCCCUUACCCACUCGACAGUGAACAAUUCAAACACACUCACACCGAUCGAUUCCUAAUGCACACACGUGGUGGUGAUGCACUUUUGAACGCUGCUGCACUGUUGUUUCGGUUGAUCUGCAAAUGCCUUGAAUGUGUAGUAAUUCAUGGAAAAUUAAUCAAAACUUCCUUCUAACAACAACAAAAAAA